CCCUGCCUUUAAAACGGCAGCAUCGCAGCGCUUACACAACAGCGCUCAUCCCGCACGACUCUCCACGGCCAGCACGGAUUACAGUCAACCCCGAAGUGGUGACCUGAAGGUACCAGAGUUCCUCCAAACAUCCAGCAAACAGUCACAAAGACAGGUGGAGGGGCUAAUCAGCUUGGAUGAAUUGUGCCAGUUUAGCCAGAGCGCACGGAGAGGAGCCGGUGCGCGCUUUGAGGCGGUGAAUACGGAGGAGGCGAUGCGUAAAAGGUAACAGGUGGCGCUUUAUGGCACCACUGAGCGUUUCCAGCCUUUUGUGUCAGUUUUCUAAGACCGUGUUAGCAGCUAGUUGCUCUCAGAGUCAGUGGAGGAAAGUGAGGACGAUGUGAAUGCGGGAGAAAAAGAAAAACUGAAAGAAAGCUGCUGUAUUCAGAAACUUUCCAGGUGAGCAAUGAGGCGGCCAGCGGCUCUGGAGUGAAGAUCGACUCAGAUGAAUGGACCGCAGGAUGUUUUCUGGUCAGGCUGGUCUCAAUUACAGCUUCAACCUGAGCGAUGACCGGGAGCUGGUGGACGCGCCGGCGGGCACAGCCAAGCUCUCCCCGACGGGCUUCAUCGUGCUGUCGGUGGUGCUGGGCUUCAUCAUGACUUUUGGCUUUCUCAACAACUUCGUCGUUCUGCUUCUCUUUUGCAAAUUCAAAAAGCUGCGCACGCCGGUCAACAUGCUGCUGCUGAACAUCAGCGUCAGUGACAUGCUGGUCUGUUUGUUCGGAACCACGCUCAGUUUCGCCUCCAGCAUCCGCGGGAAGUGGCUGCUGGGGCGCAGCGGCUGCAGCUGGUACGGCUUCAUCAACUCCUGCUUCGGGAUCGUGUCGCUGAUCUCUCUGGUGAUCCUCUCCUACGACCGCUACAGCACUCUGACUGUAUACAACAAGCGUGGGCCUGACUACCGCAAGCCCCUUCUGGCUGUGGGGGGCUCCUGGCUGUACUCCUUGUUCUGGACAGUGCCCCCCUACUGGGCUGGAGCAGCUAUGGCAUAGAGGGGGCAGGAACAAGCUGCUCCGUCUCCUGGACGGUUAACACUGCCCAGUCACACGCCUACAUCAUUUGCCUCUUCACGUUCUGCC